UAUGAAUAAUACUUUUAUGAAUAAUUUAUAAAUUUAAUUAACUUAAAGACAUCUAUCAUGCCACUUGUCAAGUUGUUAUGAAUGGAAAUGGAGAUUGACAAGAGGAUUCGGACUCAUGAGGAAGCAAUUGUUUGCUGAAUCAACCGAAAGAUAGUUCUAUUAUUUCCAUAACAGAAUCCCAAGAAACCACUACUACCUUUCUUGAAUCAAAACCAGUUACUCUUUCUCUUUGCAUGAAUGAAUUGAAUUCUAUCAUCUAAUCCUCAAAAUGGAGACUUUACCUUUGGAAAUCUGUAUGAAGAUAUUCUGUUUCUUAGAUCACCACCAUCUUGCUGUUUCUCAACAAGUUAGUAGGAAAUGGAAGCUCAUGGCCUCAGACAAUGCUCUAUGGGCAAACCUCUUUAAGGAGAGAUGGGGAGAAGACCGUGCUGCCUUUUAUGCUCCGAACGGUUCAAAAUCGUGGAAAGAAGUAUACGAGGUGCAAGAUCGUUGUGAUCGAGUUGGAUUGGGUUUGAAGAUUAUAAGAGAAGGAAGUGACUACUAUCUUGUUCACCAAGGUGAAGUCCAACGAUAUCUGGGAUCAAGAAAAGUUCCGCGGCAAGUAACUGAUCAUACUUUUAGUUCAGAAACGGACUUGACUGAAGAAAGUUCUCGAGCUGAAGAAAGAUCGUGCCGAGGAAUUUUGGACAAAAUUCUUUUUUUCAUUGGCGAUUUGGAAGCUGCUUCUGUUGAUGCCAAACGCAGCCGUGUGAUAUAAUGAUCUCUAACAUUCAAUCCAAUAUUGAAGUUCAAUGUUGAAUUUCUUUGUAAUUGUAUGUAAGCAUUAUUUUUAUGUAUAUGCUAAUUCAAUAAAUAUGUAUUGAUAUCUUACUAUAAUGAAGUUAUGUGUAUGUAUGAAGAAAUAAUGGUAUUGGGGAGGGCACAAUAUUGUUAUGAUUUCCAUACGGGAUGUAAUAUAAAAUCUAUUUAUACUAUAAUGAAGUUAUGUGUUUUAAGUGACA